GGCUCAGCGGGGUGGGGGGAAGAGGAGGAGGGUGUUUGUUCUGGGGCAAACUGGGAAAGAGGGGAUCUGGGGGCUCGCAGGGAGGAGCAGCUUUUGUACGCAAACCGAGUCCAACCCUCCCACCCCAACCCCAACCUCACGCAGGCCAAGACGAAGGGGAACAACGUGGGUUUGGGGGUGAAGUAUGCAGAGAAGCAGCAGCGUCGCUUCCAGCCUGAGAAGCUGCGUGAAGGCAGGAACAUCAUCGGCCUCCAGAUGGGCACCAACAAGUUUGCCAGCCAGCAAGGCAUGACGGCGUACGGCACGCGGAGGCACCUCUACGACCCCAAAUUGGGGACAGACCAGCCAUUGGAUCAGGCCACCAUCAGCCUCCAGAUGGGCACCAACAAGGGGGCCAGCCAGGUACCACCAUGCCCCAUAGCACCGAGGGGCUGCUGGGUGGGGAAGGACAAGGGAAGGAAGGAGGGGGAGAGAAGGGGGAAGGGCAAGGGG